UCGUGUGUGUCAAAACUGUCAAAUUACAAGUUUAGGAACUUUCUAGGUGCUUUCUAGCAUUCGAAAUUUGUAUUCAGAUCUAAAAAUAAUAUGUGUAUUUGAUAUAUACCCCAAAUAGUCUUAAAACGCAGUACAUUCAAAAUGUCGACUGGUAUAAUUUUGGCAGGGUUAGGAUUAGCAGCGGUAGGUUUUGCGGGACGUUAUGCUUUAAGACAGCUUCCAAAUGUGACGAAAACAGUCAAUGAAGCAAUGAAAAAUUUACCAAAAUUUGAUGCAGAAUCAGUAGCAAAUUCAAGGUACUAUCGUGGCGGUUUUGACCAAAAAAUGAAUAGACGAGAAGCGGCUUUAAUAUUAGGAAUCAGUCCAACAGCAAGUAAAGUAAAAGUAAAGGACGCUUUCAAAAGGGUAAUGGCUGUAAACCAUCCUGAUCGAGGAGGUUCUCCGUACUUGGCGUCAAAAAUAAAUGAAGCCAAAGAAUACUUGGAGAAACAUACAAGAUAGCAAAAGUUUUUAAUUAGGGUAUGUCUUAGCAAAUAAAUAAAUUGUACAAGUUCAUACAAAAGUGUAUUGGCUGUAUAAAUAGACAAAACGACUAGAAUCAUGUUGAUAUAAAAAUAAAACAAAGCAUUAAUUAUU